AUGAAAACUUAUCCAUUCAGAAUAUUUACAUUGGUUUUUAUUUUAUUUAGUUUAAUUACUAAUCACAAGCUGUCGGCAUUACAUCUCAAGGGGACAUGGAACACGGGCAGUUUCUACAAAUAUCUCGCUAAAUUUGCCAUUCAGAAAACGAACACGAAAGACUUGCUGGAUACAGAAGGAUUUAUUUAUGGAAACAUCACUUCCAGAAGUAAUGCUUCUACAUUCGCAACUUUAGUUGUGGUAGAUAGUGAAUACUUCAUGGAAUACCAUGGAAACAGUACUCGUAAGCUGCAUAAAUACACCUGCGCGCGUAUGUUCGACAAAAUUGAUACCAUUGCGUUUGACUUCGAGUGUAAGAAACAUGGAUUGGAAGAUUUUCUGAGAAAGGUGCCGUGUAUUAAAGGAAAGCUAUGCUAUGACGAAGACAACCCAGCUAACGUCAUACCAGGAUAUCAGUUCACAUACAAAGUAGAAGAUUUUAGGUCUCCAAGGUUCUGGUAUGUAAGUCUAGUUGCCUGUCAGCGUAACAACUGUGUAUGGGAGAGGAAUAAUGACAAACCAUUUGAUCUGGACUAUGACAUCUGGCUGGUCAAUGGAAACCCAGCCUCUAAACAUUUUAAUCCAUUUGAGCACCAAUUUUCUUUUGAUGACCAUGAUAUUUUUGAAAUUUAUUUAGUGUUUUUAAUAUUUUAUAUUGUGAUACUUCCUAUCUGGAUUUACGCAUUUAUAAAACAGAAGCAUCCAAUAACACAACUAUUUACGUCUGUGAUAGCUUUGGAAGUGACCGGUAUAGCACUGAAUUUAUUACACUUGUUGAUAUUUUCAUUUAAUGGAGUUGGGUUCUUCCCUUUGGAAAUAGUAGGAAAUGCUGUGGACACAAUAUCCCAGUGCAUAUUCAUGCUUUUUCUCCUGCUAGUUGCCCGUGGCUGGACAAUAACACACAUGGAUAUUAAAGGGCGUGCUGUUGUCUUUUCUGUUUGGGGUGUAUACGCCCUCUCAAACUUUGUCCUGUAUUUCUGGAACCUGACUGAGGUUGAUGAAAUCUCCAACAUAGAUGAAUGGCAGACUUGGCCAGGCUACAUUACUCUUGGUUUACGUGUAGUCAUUAUGAUAUGGUUUGUUGUGGAGCUAAGACGAACAGUAUUCCAUAGCAAACAUCCAGACAGACUAAAUUUCCUUCAACAGUUUGGGGCCUUUUUUCUAGUUUGGUUUAUAUACUUGCCAGUUCUAGCAAUCAUUGGUACUCAGAUAUCAGCGUUAUGGAAGCAUAAAACCAUUCUUACGAUAACACUGGGAUCUGAUCUGCUGUGUGUAUUGGUGAUGAUCCAUCUACUCUGGCCAAGCAGAUCCAUCCUUUAUCUCAUCAAAACAGAAAGUACCAUAUCUACAUAUGAUCUGGAGAUAACAGGUUUGUUAGAUAUUGAUGACCAGGAAGAGACCAGUAUAUUUAGCAGGGAGACCCAUUUUCCUGAUAAACAAAUAGAACCUAACCACAAUACCAUUCAGAAUGGCAAGUACCUCCCAAAGAAUGGUAGAACUCUUCCUAAUGGCAAUAACCAUCUGGUAGAGGACAGUCAAGAUCUGAUAGAGAUGGACACCAUUGAUCUUCAACAACAUGAUGUAGAGCUCUAG